CCUCCGGAGCCAGUUCCUGGUCCGCCCCGCCGGGAGCCGUCAGCAUGAACCCCCGGGCACGCGGCAUGGGAGCGCGGGGCCCGGGACCGGGGGCCACUGCGAGGCGCCGGCUGCUGGCAUUGCUGUUACUGCUGCUGCUGCUGCCGCUGCCCGCCCGUGCCUGGUACAAGCACACGGCGAGUCCCCGCUACCACACGGUGGGCCGCGCCGCGGGCCUGCUCAUGGGGCUGCGCCGCUCGCCCUACAUGUGGCGCCGCGCGCUGCGCCCGGCGGCCGGGCCCCUGGCCUGGGACACUUUCGGCCAGGACGUGCCCCCUCGGGGACCCUCCGCCAGGAACGCCCUCUCUCCGGGGCCCGCCCCUCGCGACGCUCCGCUGCUUCCCCCCGGGGUUCAGACACUGUGGCAGGUGCGACGCGGAAGCUUCCGCUCCGGGAUCCCGGUCAGUGCGCCCCGCAGCCCGCGCGCCCGGGGGUCCGAGCCGCAACCGGAAUUGGGCGCCUCUUCCUGGACCUCGGCGGAGUAGACCAGAGCCUUCGGAGAGUCUUCAGCUCAGCGGUGGUCUGC